AUGAUAUCAACUACCCUCAUGACUUUCCUACUUAUUACCAAACCGGAGGUCCGGUCGGUCAAGCUACUCGGAUCAUGGGAUAAUUUCUCUAAGCAAUAUGUCAUGGAAAGAGACACGCGAGUCGGACCCGGACACUGGAGAGGAUGCCAUACCUUUACGGAUAUGAUAGGCGACGGACCAGACAAGACCCAAUGGCGAACGGGAGGUCUGAAGAUGGGUGGUACUUACUGGUAUUAUUAUUUGCUCGAUGAUGACAUAGAGUAUUACAACGAGGCAGAGCCAACGACCACCAUGUGCCCGCUUCUUCCAGGACAGCCCAUGAAUGUGUUAAAUGUCCCUAUCAUUUUACCCGACAGCCGCGCACAUGGACGCUCGGCGAGUGGCAGCUCCCAAAAGUCUGAGCAUCUUCGGACCAUGAACCCCGAAGACAAGUUUAUGAACCCGCGGAAGCCGCCGCCCCAGCCCCAGCCUGCACGUCUUCAGACAUCUGCACCAAUCCGCCACGAACCGAGUCCCGCACACUCCGAGAGCAGAUCUCCGAUGGCCGGAAUACACCGAAGUGUAUCUCAGCCGCACAGUGCGGCUCGCAAGGGCCACAAGAAAGAUUCACGCUCUAUGUCUCCCCCGAGAGCUCGAGCCCUUCUGGCUGCUUUCAGGCAGCCCGCCGAGGCGGAUAGAAAAUUCGAACCAGUGCAACCAGUGAAUGCUUCUAAGGUGGUACCACAGCAGAAAGAGCCUGAUGAAAAUCGCCGCAAUGUCCCUGGAAUCAAGGUCAAUGCCGGAAUUGCGAUUCCAUCCUCGAGCUCUUCGGACAAACUUGGUCAGUCCAGCAUUCAAAGUCGUCGCGCGAUGAAAGCCACUGCUGGGGAAACCCUGCCAGGUCGUCUUCUUACAGUGCAGACGCGUCCGGAGGCACGCAAACCCAAUCCUUCUCGCAGCGCGACAAAUGGAAACGGAAACACUAUGGAAUUUGACGAAAACCGUGCGAUCAGGGAAGCCCUGAAAGAUAUCGCUAGCUCCAGUGAAUUGCCCACUCCAACUGCCGCGUUUACCAAAGAAAAGAGGCUCCCUACACUCCCAAACACGCCAUCUUCAGUCAUGGAUGAAGCAGUUCGCGCCAUCGACGAGAGAGACAAGGCGAUGGAUGGCGAGAUCCCCCGCAGUUACUUUUCUAGCAUGACAGCCACAACAAUCGACACUACCCACUCCCGCUUCGUCCCUGAAUACAGUCGGUUUUCUGAAUGGAGUACUGACACUGAAACCGACUACAACCCGCACGAAUCGAUGGCAUCGGCCUCCGCAUCUAACCACCAGGACGAGUCUUCAGCCGAAAGAUGGACAACACCAGACCUCUCGCAGUCCGGCGAUGGUGCAACCAAUACCGACCCAAACACCCCCCAUCUCACCGUCUACUCCAAACCCUCGUCUCCGAACUCAGCAUCCGGAGAACUCCCUCCCUGGAGCGUCGAUCUCCCCGAACUCACCGUCUCCAUGUCUUCACCUGACAUCGACUGUUCCGGGUUGGGCAUCGAGAACAUGGAUGAAGUGGAAAGCAACCCCAAGCGACACGCUGCACUAUUUAGCGCCCUUGAGUCCAUGGAAGCUCUUGCGAUGUCGCGUAGCCCCAAUGGCUCCCCGAUCUUGCUCCCUCAAGUCCAUAGAGGCUCUGAUACGGAGCAAAAUAUCUCUGCCGUAGAGCGGAAAGUGAGCGAGACUUCGCUUGAACGCAUUCGCUCGCGCCGCAGCAACGCCUCGUUCCAGGGGAAUGCUACCAUGCAGGAGUUGAUGGAUGAGCUCAGUUAUCUGAAGAAUCUGAUCCAAGCUGACAUGGAUGGGGCUCCAUUUUGA